AUGAAUCCUUCUUCCUCCCGAGCCGCGGUGCGCUCCAUGGCCACUCUAACACAUGCGGCCAGAGCCACCCCCGCAGCUCGCGCGCUGUUCUCGCCCUUGACCACCCGAUCUCUGAGCUCUACUAGUCGUCAGGCCACUCAGUUCCCCCGUCUCAAGUCCUUGAACACCAUCUCCAACCAGCGCGCCUUUGGAACUACCGUUAGAAUGUCUGUUGACGCUCGUACUGAGAGCGAUGCCUUUGGCGAAAUCCAGGUCCCCGGCGACAAGUACUGGGGUGCGCAGACCCAGCGCUCCCUGGGCAACUUCGACAUCAACCAGCCCCAGGAUCGCAUGCCCGCCCCCGUUGUCAAGGCUUUCGGUAUCCUGAAGGGUGCUGCCGCCGAAGUGAACAUGAGAUACGGUCUUGAUCCCAAGAUUGGUGAGGCUAUCAAGCAGGCCGCCGCUGAGGUCGCCGAGGGUAAGUUGCUGGACCACUUCCCUCUGGUCGUCUGGCAGACUGGCUCUGGCACUCAGUCCAACAUGAACUCCAACGAGGUCAUCUCCAACCGUGCCAUUGAGAUCCUUGGUGGCACCAUGGGUUCCAAGAAGCCCGUCCACCCUAACGAUCACGUGAACAUGUCCGCCUCCUCCAACGACUCCUUCCCUACCGUUAUGCACAUCGCAGCUGUUGUCGAGCUCGAGCAGAGCCUGCUGCCUUCCCUUAAGGCCCUCCGUGACGCCCUCCAGAUCAAGGUUGAGAAGUUCGACCACAUUAUCAAGAUUGGCCGUACUCACUUGCAGGAUGCCACCCCUCUUACUCUUGGCCAGGAGUUCUCUGGCUACGUCGCCCAGCUCGAUCGCAACAUCGAGCGCGUCGAGGCUUGUCUCCCCCACCUGCGCUUCUUGGCUCAGGGUGGUACCGCCGUGGGCACUGGUCUUAACACCUUCAAGGGCUUCGAUGAGGCUGUCGCUGCCGAGAUCAGCAAGCUGACCGGCACCGAGUUCAAGACCGCCCCCAACAAGUUCGAAGUCCUGGCCGCUCACGACUCCAUUGUCGAGGCUUCUGGUUCCCUCAACACCCUGGCUGGUUCUCUCUUCAAGAUCGCUCAGGAUGUUCGCUAUCUCGGCUCCGGCCCUCGCUGCGGCCUUGGUGAGCUGAGCCUCCCCGAGAACGAGCCCGGCUCCUCUAUCAUGCCCGGCAAGGUCAACCCCACCCAGUGCGAGUCCCUCACCAUGGUCUGCGCCCAGGUUAUGGGUAACCACGUUGCUGCCACUAUCGGUGGCAUGAACGGCCAGUUCGAGCUUAACGUCUUCAAGCCUCUGAUGAUCGCCAACCUGCUCCACAGCGUGCGCAUCCUCUCUGACGGCAUGAACAGCUUCCGUACCCACUUGGUUGAUGGUCUGCAGGCUAACGAGUCCCGCAUCAACGCCCUUCUCCACGAGAGUCUGAUGCUUGUGACUUGCCUGAACCCCGUUAUUGGCUACGACAUGGCUUCCAAGGUUGCCAAGAACGCUCACAAGAAGGGACUUACCCUGAAGGAGAGUGCUAUGGAGCUCAAGGCUCUCAGCUCCGAGCAGUUCGACGAGUAUGUCCGCCCCGAGCUGAUGCUGGCUCCUAAGGAGUUGAAGUAG